CUCUAUAUAUAUAUAUCUUAUAAGGAUCUCAAAGAAGAAUCACACAUAUCCUUGAAUCUCUUCUCUGUAUUUGUCUGGUCCAUUCUAGUAGAAAAUGAAAGGCAGUAAGAAGCGUGUUGUCUCUAAACCUUCAUCUUCUCGUACAAUUGUCAAAGCAAAUCCAAACGACAACAAAUCUGUUACCAUAGAACCACCCAUUGUGUCUUCUUACAAUGACCAGAUCAGGCCGUUGCUUGACACAGUGGAUCGGAUGAGGAACCUGAAUGUGAUGAAAGAAGGGAUCCAGCUUCCGACCAUUGUCGUAGUUGGAGACCAGUCCUCUGGAAAGUCCAGUGUUCUUGAAUCAUUGGCAGGAAUCAGUUUGCCUCGUGGGCAAGGAAUCUGCACUAGGGUUCCUCUUGUUAUGAGGCUUCAGGGAAGUACUAGCUCUGAACCUGAGAUCUGGCUGGAGUAUAGUGACAAAGUUGUUCAAACGGAUGAAGAACACAUUGCUGAAGCUAUUUCUGCUGCAACUGACGUGAUCGCUGGAUCUAGUAAAGGGGUCUCGGAUGCUCCCUUGACCCUCCACGUGAAGAAAGCUGGGGCUCCUGAUUUGACCAUGGUUGAUCUUCCUGGGAUAACUAGAGUUCCCGUGAAAGGACAGCCAGAGAAUAUCCAUGAGCAGAUCUCUGGGAUGAUAAUGAAGUACAUCAAGCCUCAAGAGUCCAUUAUCCUCAACGUACUGUCAGCUACGGUCGACUUCACCACAUGUGAAUCCAUUCGAAUGUCCAGACAAGUUGACAAAACCGGUGAACGGACUCUGGCUGUUGUCACAAAGGCAGACAUGGCUCCUGAAGGUCUUCUUCAGAAAGUAACAGCAGAUGAUGUAAGUAUUGGACUAGGUUACGUAUGUGUCAGGAACCGUGUAGGGGAAGAAACAUAUAAAGAAGCUAGAGACCAAGAAGAGUUACUUUUCAAGACUCAUCCAAUGCUCUCAAUGAUUGAUGAAAACAUUGUCGGUCUCCCCGUUCUAGCUCAGAAGCUAAUACAUAUUCAAACAACAAUGAUUUCACGCUGCUUGCCUGAGAUUGUACGCAAGAUCAAGCACAAGAUGGAAACCGCUGACCUCGAGCUUAAAAAACUGCCAAUGGUAAUGACUUCCACUGGUGAAGCACUGAUGACACUGAUGGAUAUCAUCGCUUCUGCGAAAGAGUCUCUCCUAAGAAUCCUUAUCCAAGGAGAUUUCUCUGAGUUCCCUGAUAAUCAUGGCAUGCAUGGUACUGCUCGCCUGGCUGAUAUGUUAAGCAAGUUCUCAGAUGAUCUACAAGCAAAGCCUAAGCAAGUUAGAGAGUUCUUGAUGGAUGAGAUCAAAGUUCUUGAAGAAUGCAAAUGUGUCGGGCUUCCCAACUUCAUUCCGAGAUCAGCAUUCAUGGCUAUACUUUCGCAACAUGUGGAUGACAUACAUGCAAAGCCGGUCGAGUUCAUCAAGAACAUAUGGGACUACAUCGAAGUUGUUCUCUCAUCAAUCAUCACCAAAUACUCUGAAAACUUUCCUCAAGUUCAACCUUCCAUCAAACGAGCUGGUAGAAAUCUCAUGAGCAAGAUCAAGGAACAAUCAGUGGAUAGAGUGAUUCAGAUCGUUGAGAUGGAAAAGCUUACGGACUACACAUGUAGCCCUGAGUACAUGAAGUCUUGGACGGAGAAGAUAGAUGCUCAGAAGAGUUUCGUCGAUGCGGUUUUGAACGAUAAGAUGAAACCUGACAGCUUCUCUGUAAAUGGGUUCGGGAGUGUGAAGAUAUCGCAUCUGCGAGAGUAUCAUGCUCAUUUGCUGCAACAGGCGUUUGAUAUGAAGAUGAGGAUCACAUCCUACUGGAAGAUUGUGCUUCGUAGGAUUGUGGACAACCUUGCGCUCUAUCUUCAGCUAUCUGUGAAGUAUCUAGUCAACACUCAGUUUCAGAAGGAGAUCGUGGCGGAGAUGGUGGAUCCUAAAGGCGGGGGAGGUGUAGAGAGGAUGUUAGAGGAGUCUCCGUCGGUGGCAAGCAAGAGGGAGAAGCUGAAGAAGAGUAUUAAGGUUCUGAAGGAGUCCAAGGAUGCUGUGGCAGCCAUUGUUGAUCAGUAGAGAUAUCACUGAUUGAGUUUUCUUCUUAAUUCUAGUUUUGCUGUAAUAGGAUCGAGUCUGGUCAUGUCAGGUUCUAUGAGAGGGUUUUGGAGUUGAGCUUGGGCAUUUUGGGUGUGUUUUUUUCUGAAUUUUGGAAUUUCUUUGCUAUGUUACAUUGUUUAAAGGGUCAGAGGUUUUUUGUUCACUUUGUUUAGUCAAACUUUGGUGGUACAUAUAUUUGUCGAUCAUAUUAUGUAUAAGUCCGGCCCCGUAGCGGGCUUCAGUUCAAGCGUGGAGUGAUCGUUAUAUACAUACGUACAGUAUUUAUAUGUUGAAGUUAUAUACAGUAUUUAUAUACAUAUGAUUAAAUUUUCAAGAAACGUCUGCGUUAAUCGGUCAUCGCCUAUUCUGUCUGUAGGUAUCAUAUGUAUCAUCAUUACAUAUGUUUGACAUGAUAUCUAUUCCUCCUUCCCCACGAAAAAUAUGAUUCAUACAUAUAAGAUUAAAUUAUAUAUGAUCGUUUAUGUUUUAUGUUUGGAUUUGACCACAUAUUUUUUAAUAUUUCACAUCCAAAUUCCAUAGAAGGAAAACGCUUCGUUUAAUAAUCGAUUGAUAAAAUAGGUUUGAGUAAAUUUAAUAUAUACUAUGUGUUUGGUUUGUUCGGUUUGUAUAGUUUGUUCAAAGUUUGUUACUAUAUAUAAU